UUGCCCAUGGCUGCUAGGCUUUGCCGGCUAACAGAUGACGAUGACUUCAGCCUGUGCAAGCAUUCUCAUUGGCUUCUCAAUUCCCAAGGACAUUUUAUUCCUGAAAUGGAAUUAGCAGGAGAGUCGGUUGUUGCUUUGGCAACAAACUUUCAACCCUUACCUAAUGCACCAGAGUGAGAACAUUCCUAUUAAUACAUUAGGUAGACUGGGGAGUUGAGUUACUCAAUACACAUUUUCUUUCAAGUGCAAAACAGCUUAGGGGCUUGGUUAGCCACAGGGUGUCAGGUGGCACGCGUGCAGCGGUCUAUCCUUUGGGCGCUGGAAGCAGCCGCUGCAGGUGGGGACUGGUUACAAGAAAAGUGAAAGUGUAUCCGCAACAGGUGGUGGCGGUUGCCUCUACUGCUGAGAGCGCGCCUGUGGGAACUGAUGGCGGCUGCACGCAGAAAACCUUGGCAAAGCAGGCAAGUGGAAUCUUUCCUCCUAUUCCUGUGUGUCUCUGUCGGGGGAGCGACAACCAUCCGCUACUCUGUGGCGGAGGAAAUGGAGAGCGGUUCCUUUGUGGCCAACGUGGCUAAGGACCUCGGGCUGGAGGUGGGAAAGCUGGCUGCGCGUGGGGCACGGCUGGUCUCUGAGGGCAACAAGCUACAUUUCCGGCUCCACCGCAAGACUGGGGAUUUGUUUGUGAAGGAGAAACUAGAUAGGGAAUCACUUUGUGGCAAAGCUGACCCGUGCGUUCUGCACUUUGAAAUCGUCCUGGUGGAGCCGCUGCAGUCCUUCCGUGCCGAGGUCAGGGUGUUUGAUAUUAACGACAAUGCUCCGGUUUUCCUAAACAAGGAGCCCCUUUUAAAGAUUCCGGAGAGCACCCCCUUGGGCUCGCGUUUUCCUUUGCAGAGCGCCCAGGAUCCGGACGUGGGCCUCAAUGGUCUCCAAAACUACACGCUGAGCACCAAUGCCUAUUUCCACCUGCAUACCCGCUUCCGCAGCCACGGGCCUAAAUACGCUGAGCUGGUGCUGAAUAAACCCCUGGACAGAGAGGAGCAGCCUGAAGUCAACCUGACCAUUACUGCGGUGGACGGCGGGUCCCCGCCCAAAGCCGGAACCGCCCACAUUCGCGUGGUGGUGCUGGACGUCAAUGACCACGUGCCCCAGUUCUCGCGAUUGGUGUAUCGCGCUCAGGUCCCCGAGGACAGCGCCCCUGGUUCUGUGGUGGCCAUGGUGACGGCCACGGACCUGGACGAGGGCACCAACAAGGAGAUAACUUACUCUUUGGCUCAAAACCCAGAGGCCAUUCUCCAGACGUUUCAGAUUGACCCUCGAAGUGGGGAGGUUCAACUGCAAGGGCCCCUGGAUUUCGAAGCUGUUGAAACCUAUGACAUUGACGUUCAAGCUACCGAUGGAGGAGGUCUCUCUGCCCAUAGCAAAGUCCUGGUGGAAGUGGUGGAUGUGAACGACAAUCCCCCUGAAGUGACCAUCUCGUCUGUGUCCAGUCCUCUUCCUGAAGACUCACCACUCCAGACUGUAGUGGCCCUUUUCACUGUCCGAGACCGCGAUGUUCGAGUGGGAGGAAAAAUCACCUGCUUCCUCAGAGAAGACCUGCCCUUCGUGGUCAGACCCACGUUCCGAAAUUCAUACUCGCUGGUCACUGACAGAAGCUUGGACAGGGAGGAGGUCCCCGGCUAUAACAUCACCCUUGUUGCCAUGGACACUGGACCACCCAACCUGUCCUCGGAGACUGUAAUAGAGGUGCUGAUAGCUGACAUUAACGAUAACCCACCGGUGUUUCAGAAGGAUUCAUACAUCUUGACUGUCCGGGAAAACAACAGCCCAGCGAUUUUCAUUGGCAAAGUCCAUGCUGAGGAUCUGGAUUUGGGUGAAAAUGCCCAAGUGACUUAUUCUCUGUUGCCUCCGGAAAGCGGGGAUCUAUCUGUCUUUGCUUAUAUCUCCAUAAAUUCAGACAAUGGGAAGCUCUAUGCACUUAGAACUAUGGAUUAUGAGGCCAUUCAAGACUUUCAGUUUGUAGUAAAGGCCACUGACAGGGGUUUCCUGUCACUGAGUAGCCAAGUCACGGUCAGAGUGGUUGUCCUGGAUGACAAUGACAAUCGCCCAAUGAUCUUGUACCCACUGCAAAAUGGGACCUUUCCCUGCAAUGACCUAGUGCCCAGGUCUGCAGAGGCUGGCUAUUUAGUGACCAAAGUAGUGGCUGUUGAUGGAGACUCAGGUCAGAAUUCUUGGCUUUCAUAUCAGCUACUCAAAGCUACUGAUCUUGGUUUGUUCUCGGUCCAACGUCAAAAUGGGGAAAUUCGUACACUGAGGCAGAUAUCUGAGAGGGACCCCAUGAUGCAAAAACUGACCAUUCUUGUUCAGGAUCAUGGCCAGCCAGCUCUCUCCACUACUGCCUCACUCAACAUCCUACUGGUAGAUGGCUUUUCAGAGCCCUACCUGCAGUUCCAGGAUCCAUCCACACAUUCCAGAAAGGUAAAUCCAUCCACUAAAUAUUUGGUAAUUUCUCUGGCUGGGCUUUCCUUUCUCUUUCUCCUCUCUGUGACUGUGAUCUUUAUUGUACACAUUUGUCAGAAGAUUAGAGAAAGGUUUACCAUUCAAGAGCAUUUUUAUGAUGAUUGUAAUUUUCCUAACAACCCAGUACAAGGAGGUGGCGAUGGAUCUUUAUCCCAACCUCAUCAUUAUGACAUGUGCUCAGUCACUGGUACUGGCAACAGUGAGUUCAGAUUUCUCAAGCGCUUUAUGCCCAACUUCCCUUUCCCCCAUCCUGCGGGAGAGGUAAAAAUAGGAACUGACUGCACUUUGCCUCCAGGUUCUAGUAGAAAUAGAUCCCAGGGGCCAGAAAGCCAUACCCAGGUGUCUGAUGACUAUAUGUAGCUCAUUGGAAUAGUCCUUCAGUGAUAGAAGAGAAAUAUACAAUUGUAUACCUGGCAUGCAAAGAUCUCUCCUCCUCAUGGAAAUAACAGUGAUUGUAGAUGGUAACUCUAGAGGGAUGCCUAGUUCAGUGAAAGUGAGACAUCUAGAUUGAAGCUUGGCUUACUCAGUUUACAACAGUGAUUCUGGUCCCCAGAUAAUACACCUGCCUUUGGAAUUCUGUUUAAAGAAAUACCACAAUCUUCAAGGGAUCUUUAAAAUAUUCAUGGAAAAUGUGCAUUCUCUCUUAAUGCUAUUUUCCAUGAGCUUUUUGAAAGCCACCCACAUAAUACAUAUAUGAUACAAACCUUUGCUUUUCCAAUUAAUCCUUGAUAGACAAGGAGUGAAUGAGUCAUUUUUCUCACAUCUGCUGAAACUCAUGGAACAUGGAACAGGAAAUGUUGAGUUCUGUAGAGAUAUGCUGUAGCAUUUUUAA